UUUCCUUCUCUCUUUCUCCUCAUUAUUGGUGCAGUACUCGAAGAUAAAUAAUGAGGAAGUUACGAUCGAGUAUUUUUCAUGACAUUUACAAUCAGCCAUAUGAUGACUAUUCCAGACACAAGUUAUAUUCUAGCAGCAAAGCUAGCCUGCAACUUAUACAACGUAUGUCAUUAUUGAAAAGAUUAAAAGUUCAUAAUGGUUGUGUAAAUUCCAUAUGCUGGAAUAGUACAGGUGAUUUAAUAUUGUCUGGUAGCGAUGAUCAACAUCUUGUUCUUACCAAUGUUUAUAAUUAUCAGGUUUUAACUGAUCAUAAAACAAGUCACAGAGCUAAUAUAUUCAGUGCCAAAUUUUUGCCAAAUAGCGGUGACCACCGUAUAGUUUCAUGUAGCGGCGAUGGCAUUAUUUUGUAUACAGAUUUAAUGAGAAGAACAGAAACGUUUCAUAAUCAGUUUACAUGUCAUAGCGGUACUACGUAUGAAGUAGCGACAAUACCAGGUGAACCUCAUAGUUUCUUAAGUUGCGGAGAAGAUGGAACUGUGAGAUGGUUUGAUCUUAGAGUAAAGGAAAAAUGUAAUGUUGCAAGAUGCAGAGAGGAUGUAUUAAUUUCAUGCCAAAGAGCUGUAACUGCCUUAUCUGUUAAUCCUGUAAUGCCUCAUCAAAUUGCAAUUGGUUGUUCGGAUAGUACUGUUAGAACAUUUGACAGAAGAAUGCUUGGAACCAAGGCUACAGGUUGGACAGAUAACAAUGGAUCGGUAAGACCGCUAUGCAGUUUUACAGUACCAGAAUUUGAUGGAAAUUCUUACAGAAUAACAUCCUUAAGUUAUAGUCCAGAUGGACAAGAUGUUCUUGUCAGUUAUAGUAGUGAUCAUUUAUAUUUAUUUAGCAUGAAGGAUCAAGGUAAUGUACACUUGAAGAAAGAUAUACAAAUGGGGAAGGGGAAAGGUAAGAAACAUCCAUUGAGAUCUCCUCAGCUUGUACGUCGUUUGAGAUUAAGAGGAGAUUGGUCAGAUACAGGACCAGAUGCACGUCCUGAACGAGAAGGUGGUCGACGUAGUGGAACAGAAAUAGCUCAAGCUAGGCCAGUUUUACAUACUUCAUUGAUGCAAAGAAUGACAGAUGUUCUUAGCAGAAUGCUAAACGAUCCGGCUACUCGUGCGGCCUUAAGUGGUGGCGGAGAAGAUAGUUUGGAAGGUGUUAUCGAUCAACAGGAAAAUAGUCAGCGUAGUAACGAUAAUAACACGGCAUCGAAUGCUGAUGCAAAUCGUGAACAGCAACAAAUAGAAACCGAAACGGACAAUGAUGUACAAGGGCAAGAGAAUGUAUCGUCCCUUGAUCAAUCUGAAAAUUCAAAUAAUGAUGAAAUAAGAAACGAAGUCAGAACUAACUCUGUACCAUCAUCAAAUGACGAUCAAGUAUCUUGUGACUUGGCAAUCCAAAGUUCAUCUGUUUCAACAAAUAAUUUUAAUACAACAGAAACAAUAAACCAUGAUUUGGAUGAUGUCCAGGUGACAGAAACUCAAACCAAUUUGUUAGAAUCAAAUAAUACUUGUACUAAUUCCGCGGAAACUAGAAGUAGCGAUGGAGAAUGUGAUACGGAAGGAGAAGCUAGCAAUGCUGAGACGAAUUGUCAUACAGAUAUUGCUUCUAAAAGAGAAGAAAAUAUGAUGGAAAAUCUGCAAGACAGAUUAACGACAAUGAGAGAUGGAUUUUUAGAAAGGCAUGGAAGUGAACCAGCUGUUAGUCUAACAUAUUCCGAUAAAAGUUCGACUAGGGCCACUAUAUCCUUAGGCGUUGCCGAUGAAGUUAUUCGUGAUAGCUAUCACGCAGGACCAUCUGGAAGUCAAAGCACCGAACGUCUUGAUCCAGGUCCAAGUAAUAGUUAUAAAAAACGUAUGUUAUAUAGAAGUGCUCAAGAAAAGAUUGAUGACAGUGCUUAUAUUGAUAGUGACGACGAAGAUAUACCAUCCCAUCAUAGAUUGGUCCAUCCAGUUGAAACUGAAAUGGACGAAGCUAUUGCAAAUGCUCGUACGUCGCAAGGCCAAGAAUCGUUCGAUGAGACGUACUUAACAGAACUUUGUGUUAAACAAAAAUAUAUGGGACAUCGAAAUGCCAGUUUCUUUAGGACCAUGAUCAAAGAAGCCAAUUUCUGGGGCAACAACUUCGUCAUGUCAGGUAGUGAUUGUGGACAUGUAUUUGUCUGGGAAAGAGACACCGCAAAAUUAUGUAUGUUGCUCGAAGCUGAUCAACAUGUUGUUAAUUGUCUCCAACCACAUCCUUAUCUACCAAUGUUGGCUACAUCGGGAAUUGAUUAUGAUGUUAAAUUGUGGGCACCCAUCAACGAAGAGUCGAGUUUUAACGAGAAAUUUGCUGAUGACUUGAAGAAGAGAAAUGCUGUUAUGCUGGAAGAAACCAAAGAUACGAUUACAGUACCUGCCGUUUUUAUGAUCAGAAUGUUGGCAUGCUUGAAUCAGAUACGCAGAGGUCGCGGUCGCAGCCGAAGGAGGAGCGGAGACGAGAAUGACGAAUUGCGAGGUGGAUAAUACGUUUUCAACGAUCUCACAAGUUAAAAUAAUAAAUUGAAGCCUAAGGUAACGGUGGUAUCUAUGUAUAUAGAACAUUUAUAUUUUUCGGCCUUUUAGAAUACAAAAUUUAGAAGAAAACUGAAGAAAAAUAAGUGAACAAUUUGACGGUAAUAUUAUAUUUCAAUCGACUCGAACUUUUCCUAAAGUUUCCGAAUAAAAACCGAAUAAAAAACCAACGAAAUUAAAAUAAUAGAAAGGUAAUAAGAUGACAGAAGUAUUUCAGAUCUAUUUCUUUCUGGUAACACUUUACAUUUAUAUGAUAAAAUUCUUAGUAUAUAAUACCUGUAAUACUCAUUAAUACGAAUUAAGAAUUAAUUAUUUGAGGUAGAGCUUGUGCCUGAACUAAAAUUUUUAUUCCCAUAUAAUAAAUUUAACAUAUUCGCUAUUAACGUUAAGAGAAUGUUUGUUUUAUUCAGUGCAUGAGACGUGUCCUAUACAUAAUCAUUGUUCAAUAAAUAAAUAAAGCGAGGAUAAUUAAUAGAACGAUUAGCUGCGAGGUUAAAUUCUUAACGAAGUACUUUGAUAGCGAAUGUGUUAAAGGAUUCUUCGUCGAUGAUAUUUUUAUUGUAUUUAAUAACGCUCUAUUUACCAUUUCGUCGUAUGUCAUUAGUUCGGUCGUCAUUACCGAGUGUUAUUAGUAUCGUAUAAUUGUAUUUCCUUUUGACUUUUAAUCUUAUUGAAGAAAAAAUAGCAUUUACGAUGAUUAAAAAACGGUGAUCUGUUCCGUUGGAAUGUAAUGAACAAAAUUCUUUGUAUAUGCUUGACGAAUAACAUAAAUGUAGGUAGACAUAUGUUGUACGAGGAGAUACAAUGAUAAACUAGAAUGGAUCUGGCCACGGAAA